AUGGAAAAACUCUACAAUGAAAAUGAAGGAAUGGCUUCAAACCAAGGAAAGAUGGAAAAUGAAGAACAGCCACAGGACGAGAGAAAGCCAGAAGUAGCUUGUACUCUGGAAGACAAGAAGUUAGAAAACGAGGGAAAGACAGAAAACAAGGGCAAAACAGGAGAUGAGGAAAUGUUAAAGGAUAAAGGAAAGCCAGAGAGUGAGGGAAAGGCAAAAGAAGGAAAGUCAGAGAGGGAGGGAGAGUCAGAGAUGGAGGGAGGAUCAGAGAGAGAGGGAAAACCAGAGAUAGAGGGAAAGCCAGAGAGUGAGGGAGAGCCAGGGAGUGAAACAAGGGCUGCAGGAAAGCGCCCAGCUGAGGAUGAUGUACCCAGGAAAGCCAAAAGAAAAACUAAUAAGGGGCUGGCUCAUUACCUCAAGGAGUAUAAAGAGGCCAUACACGAUAUGAAUUUCAGCAAUGAGGACAUGAUAAGAGAAUUUGACAAUAUGGCUAAGGUGCAGGAUGAGAAGAGAAAAAGCAAACAGAAAUUGGGGGCGUUUUUGUGGAUGCAAAGAAAUUUACAGGACCCAUUCUACCCUAGAGGUCCAAGGGAAUUCAGGGGUGGCUGCAGGGCCCCACGAAGGGACAUUGAAGACAUUCCUUAUGUGUAGUGUCCCUGGCAGGCAUUUACCAGGCCAUGUGCUUUAACCUUACGGUAAUACUUUAGGCAUCCCUCCUGUUGCUAGCAGCCUUUUGACCUAUCUGCAACGCAGUGUUCUCAGUAGCAAAUGUUCAUCUGUUACAUGGAAAAAAUGUUGAUGUUGCAUUGUAAAAUUAAAAAACACAACUUGCAGAACCAAA